AUGGCUAUGGCAAGCGGUGAAAUCCAAGAGGUUGAGACUGACUGUGAAUAUGAGAUGGAUGGUCUCGCAGUCUCUGCUAGUGUAGCACCCAGUCGCCAGCUACGAAGCGGUGUUGACUGGGUGCUAGGUUCCGGAUCUUCCUUGCAUAUUUGCACCAACAAGAACAUGUUCAUUACCUUUGAAUGGUCCAGCCCAGAAGCUGCUAUCAGAUGGGAAACCAUUACAGGACAACAGGCAAAGGAUGGUCAUGGAGAUGUCAUUCUACCUAUGAGAAAGCCAGAUGGGUCUCGCUAUGAGCUGCAAGUGCACUGCGCUUAUAAGCCAGACAACGGAUUUAGCUUGCUUAGCAUGGUUAAAUUAAGUCAAGAUCUCGGAAUUACCUGGGACAUAGAAAGCAAGUUGAUCAGGGAUAAGAAUGAGGACACAAUUGGCUACACUUUCAUCGCUAAACAUGUCCCAUUUAUCGAGCUAGCUGGUGAGGUGCACCCAGCACAGUAUUCUAGCAGUCAUCAGCAAUCUUAUGAUCAGUGCUGA